AAGUUUGGCAACGAACACGUACUGGGACUUCGACAACAUCGCAUUCGUAUCUCUAUAGGUCUCACUGAACACCAUAAUCUACCAUGAGCAACGCCCGACCUGAGGUCCCUGGAGAGGAGGAACGGGAAAUUCAUUACCUUCCCGCACCUCAAGACGUGGACAGUUCUGGCGCCAUCAAGGUGAAUAUAGGCUCUGACUAUACGGUCAAGUUUGAUACUCUAGGGCCGAUGGUGGUGAACACCGACGGGACACUGUCUCGGAUUGCCAAUUGGCACAGGAUGACUGACGAGGAGAAGGAACGAACGAUGAGGGCUGUGAGUGCUCGCAACCAAAUUCGUCUGGGACGUCAAAGAGAAGCGGAAGGCGCAACGGAGGAGAACGCUGGUCAUUAGUGCACUUGUGUAUUCUCGACCCCUUACAGUAUCCUUUGAUAGAGCCGCUUUUCACAUAUCCUUCAAUUGAGGCAGAGUUCAUCUUU